GUAGCAUAGCUCGCAUAACUCCUCUUCAGCCUGUGGACUGAGAACAACCAUCUACCUCUACAUACCGCAUGUCGUUCAGCAGCCAGGCACAGCAUUAACUCAGGAUCUGUUGAACCCACUUCAGUGAUGGCAAGCAACAACUCAACCCGGAGCCUCAGCUGUAACCACUCAGAGGAGUACAAAUUCACCACCUACACUGUGGUGUUCAGCCUGAUCUUUGUUUUCGGUCUUGUGGGCAAUGUGGGUGCACUGUAUGUCUUCUGCAAGUUCUCUAUCAAGAAUCGGCUGUCCACCAUCUUCCUCAAACACCUGGCCGCCUCUGACCUCGUCUUCAUCCUCACCCUGCCCAUCCGGAUCGCCUUUUACUCCACUUAUUCUACGUCGAGUGACGGUGUGUCGAGAUCUUUCAUUAUGGUGGCCUUGGACUUUACCUGCCGUUUCUCCACCUACUUGUUCUACAUCAGCAUGUACUGCAGCAUCUUGUUCCUGACUGCUUUGAGCUUGUGCCGCUACCUAGUGUUGGCCGGUCGUGUUCGUCUCCAGAACAGCGAGGCCUGCCGGUGGGCUCGCAUCCUGUGCUGGGGCAUCUGGGUCUUCGUGCUUGGAGGGAACAUGUUAUAUAUUGCUGCUACUUUUGGGUUCAAUAUAAGAGCAGAAGGAUGCCUAGAACCCAGGGGUGAAUCCUGGGGUUGGCUGUAUCAGCUGAACCUGAUUGUCCUGGUGAUCUGCUUUCUACUUCCACUGACCGUGGUGUUAAUUUGCUACUCACUAAUGAUCCGACACAUUUUGAGGACAAGGUCAGGCCAGAGGCAGCGGGAUGUGGCACUGGUGUGCCUGGUGCUUUGUAUCUUCUGCUUGUGCUUCCUGCCCUACCACAUCCAGCGCACACUCCACCUCUACUACAUUAUGCACCACCAGAAGGAUUGCCAAUUGCUAGCCACCUUGCAGAAGACAGUGGUGGUAACUCUCUGCUUUGCUGCUUUAAAUAGUUGCCUGGAUCCACUCAUCUUCUUGUUUGUUGGCCACGGAUUCAUACCGGUGAUGAACAAGCUUAUUGCUCAAUGCGCACUACGAGGACAGUCCCACCAGGGGGGGGUGUCUUCUGCUUUAAGUUUUACAUCUCCACCUGCAGUGCGACUACCAUUGAUUAGAGGUCAAAACAAUGUGGAAAUAGAACCGGCUUCUCCUGUAAUAUUGCGGUUCUCGCAAAAGAUGGAUACUACAGACUGACUGUAAAUUUAUACCAUUUGUCAUGACAACAUAUUUUGUUUUAUUGUUGUGAGUAUAGACUUACCUCAGGGUUCAUUUCCAGAUUAUUUUAUCCCCCCUGUUUCAAAGGACUAGGUACCUGGCAGUAGCUCUUAUUAUUCUGCAAGGCGGGAGCCAUUUUUGUUGACAGAAAUGUAUUCUGGAUGCAAAACGAUAGCCUGAACUUUUUUGGGAUGUUGUGCUACACUCAAAACUUUAUCACCACUUGAACCAAAGUGAUUUUGAAGUCCUAGUCUGGUUUUAAACUGUUGCAUCUUUGCAAACCUCCUCUUAUCCAGGAUCACCAGUUUCCAAGAGGAGAUUUUACUCAAAACAAGAGACAUGUCCACCACAGUUUCCCCAUUUUGUAGAAAAAGACAGACUGGAACGAAUGGUCAGGAACAAGGAGAUGUAAGAUUUACAUUUUGGCAAGAUGUUUUCUUUUUCCUGCAAAAAAAAAGGCAGACAGGCUCAGAACUCUCAAGAUUGUCUUCUGGGAAUUUGACAGAACAGUGUGGUUUGAAGACAUCUAAGGACGUCUUAAAAAACUUGUGUUUAUAUGAUCUCUAUCUAUGAUUGAAGAGAUCUAAGUGUGUGAAGUGAGUGAAAUCAGGCUAUUUUCGUUUUUGCUGGCGAACUAUGCAUGUAUAUGCAAAAUGGAUAAGCCUGGAUUAGCUAUAUCAAAAGAUUAAGGGGGAGCACAUGGUACGUCAUGUACUGCCUUCUAUCACAUAUCUUCGAGAUAAGUCUCUUCUCCCUGCCCACAGCAACAUCAUGCACUUUUUUCAUCAACUUAAGCCCAUUUGAUAUUGCAUUCCAAAAAGGUCAUAGUUCGUAAAGGAAAACUUUAGUGCUCAAACUUCAUUUAGGAACAGAGGAAACACUUUGGCCUAGAGUGCUGUCCUGAUUGUACCUUUGAUUAACUGGAAUCUUUGGAAUGGGUAUCAUUUAAUCAGUGUCUGCUAAGGCCUAGGCCUAAAAUAAUGGCCUUCCAUAUGUUAUUAGCAGUUCUACGGAGGCCUGUUUUAAUCCCUGUCACACCAUUCUCAUUAUACCUAAAUCACAGCUUUGUUCCAUGUACAUCUAUGCCUAUCGCAUGUUAAAUUGGCCACAAGUUCUGGAUUUUGUCUGUGAUUGGCUAUCCACCGGUAUGUGUAUGCACUUCAAUGCACCGGGUCCAAUCUGUCCAACAAACUUUCGCAAGCAGUUGCUCACCCUGUCGAGUGUUUUGGUGCAGGAUACAGCUGCUGGAUUUAAAAAAGCUUGCAAAUGUCAUGGGGCCACAUGUUUAAAAGUUGCUCAGGAGUUUUCUUUAAAGAACUUAGUAGCUAGUAAGCAAGACAUGUUUGCAAGCAUAUCACUUUGUUUUCUGUGGGUGUGCUUUUUUAUUGGGGUCCUUUUUAAAAGUUGCCUAUCGAUACAAGUCAGAAAAAAACAAUGGUUUAUGGUUAGUUAUUUUGCACGUUAAAAAUAGGUGUCACGAUUGGCCCCUCCCAAUCCUGUCCAUGUGCUUUUUGUUUACUUUUGAUCUUCCAUGUGUGUUUGUUUUGGUUGUUAGUCCAGCCCCUUGUUUCGUGACUCCACCCCUGAUCGUCUCCACCUGUUUCCACCUGUCCGUUGUUUACCCUUAUGUAUUUAAUAUACCCCCAAUCAAUCCGUGCUGGCUCUAUGACCCUGGACCAUUUCAACUAUAAGCCUGGAUUUGCCCACAAUAAAAGUCGCUUAUCUCUGCAUAUGCACCCGCAACGCUCCCUGUUACAAUAGGCAGUAAGCGACAGACUCUGGAAUGUAAGGCCUUCCUAGAGUGUUGAAUCAGUGCAAGUGGGAAUGGUGCUAUAAUGUCAAGUAGGAACAUCACUUCCUAAAGAUCCCAAAUGAACAGACGCCCAAACCACUACCUAUCUGGCCACAAAAAAAUGUCUCAUCGGAAAAGUUGCACUUCUGGAAUGGAACAAUGUGCUUUGAUGACAUCUAAGGACAGUGAGGCUUCUGCUGUUCAGAGAACUUUGAAGACUGGUGUGAUUUCUUAUCUAAAUGAAACUAAAUUUGGUUUGUGUAGUAGUCUGUCUCCUAAGGAUAUAUGCUUCAUAAAACAACACUCAUUUAAAUCACAGUUUGUUUGGAAUUUAGCCAGAAACUCUGAAACCCCUCUGAACACAAAUGUAUCAUGGUGUGAAAAUUCUAACAUUUAUCCAAGUCACCUGUUUAUGCAUUUUAAAUCAUUCUUUAAGAGAUAUUUGUAAAUAUUUGUAAAAAAGACGUGUAAUACCACAUUUCUUGUCAGUUUAAACAGGUAUAUUUGACUUUUUUAGUGGAGAGGGUGUUCAUUUCUUUAAUUACAACCACUGCAGUAGCACAAUGUUGUAUUCAUUAUCACUGCUCAUGCUUUGAUGUUUCAUUUUGGCCCUAUAACUACUGCAAUAAUGGAUAAAGGAAUCAUUGCUUAGCUUGAAUGAUCAAACUUGUCCCACAAGUCUGAUUUGGUGACAGUGGAUUUAGAAUGGCUUAAUUUUUAAAAUGCAUACAGAUUAGCAGUAUUUACUGCUUGGGAUGGGCAUUUCAGUCAAAAUUGAUACUGAUAUUAAUACCCUGCUACCGGAUGCAUCAGCCAGCUGCCAGCACAAACAGUGAUGCCACCAAGAGCCACAGGUCAAUCUAAAGUCUUCAAUAUAGUCAGACAAAUGCUAGUUGUGUGUUUUUACCUCAGGUAACAUUACUAGCCUUGCCACACUGUAUUUUAGCUCAAAGUUUUACACUUGGUUUUUGGAGUGCUGGCUUGCUGAUAGAAAACGUGAUAUACGUGGUUUCUAUUCUUGUCUUUGGUAAAAGUAGUUUAUCUUUGUCUUUUGGCAUCAAUGGCUUCAUGUUCUGCAUUUUUUAAUAAAACUGAUCAACUCACAAGUCCUUAA